AUGUGGAGCUUCCUGGUGAUUCUUUUCUGGUUUUCAACUCUAAUUAUCAAGGCUACCCCACCAGUAUGUGACUUGCUGUUUGUCCUGAGGAAAGAAGAAGAACUCUGUGCUGAGAUGCUGUCCCAGGAAGGACAGAACAAAACAUUUGAAAAUGACCAGUUCAUGAGUUCAGGCACAUGUGCUGGAAUGUGGGAUAACAUGAGCUGCUGGCCUUCUUCGUCAAUUGGACAGACUGUCAGUGCUCAUUGUCCAGAAUUCUUCCAAAUGCUUACUGGAAAAAAAGGUUUUGUGCAUCGAAACUGCACUAGUGAAGGUUGGUCAGAGACAUUCCCGAGACCCGAUGUUGCUUGUGGCUAUGACGUGAACAACACUGCCAAUGAGGAGAGACGUGUCUACUUCAUGAAACUGAAGACAAUGUACACAGUUGGAUAUAGUACCUCCCUUGGGACUCUGACAGUAGCCGUAGGAAUCCUGGCCUCAUUUAGAAGACUCCAUUGUACGAGGAACUACAUCCACAUGCAUCUGUUUACAUCCUUCAUUUUCCGAGCCUUGUCAAACUUAAUCAAAGACGCCGUUUUGUUUUCUUCUGAGGACGUUAACUACUGCGGGACACACACGAGUGUGGGUUGUAAAAUCGUCAUGAUCUUUUUCAGAUUGCUUCAGGCUAACUACAGUUGGCUUCUUGUGGAAGGACUAUAUCUCCAACCCUUUGGUAUGUUUUCUUGUUUCUCGGAAAGGAAGUUCUUUUGGUGUCAUCCGCCCUUGGGAUGGGUACUGUUUGUUGGCAUUUGGGGGUCUAAAAAGUACAUCUUUUUUUUUUCUUAUUAUUAUUACAGGUGUUGGGACAUUAAUACCAAUGUUGCUAUCUGGUGGAUCAUUAGAGGCCCUGUAGUCCUGUCUAUUUUUGUUAAUUUCAUUCUUUUUGUAAAUAUUUUAAGAAUCUUAAUGAGAAAGCUCAAAUCGCCAGAAGGAAGGGGAAAUGAUUUCAACCAAUACAAGAGACUUGCAAAAUCUACACUCCUUCUCAUCCCACUUUUUGGAAUUCACUAUAUCAUCUUUGCUUUUUUCCCUGAGGACGUGAACAGCGGCACGAUGGAAAUUCAGCUUGUUUUUGAAUUAGCACUUGGAUCAUUCCAGGGCUUCAUUGUGGCUGUGCUGUACUGUUUUCUCAAUGGCGAGGUUCAAUUGGAAAUUCACAGAAAAUGGAGGCAGUGGCAUUUAAGCCAACACGUCCACUUGAAUCAGCACCUUAGCUUUUCAUCCAGUAAUGAAGGAAGUGGUUUCACCCAGGUGAUGCAGAUGAUGAAGCCCAGCCCUCAAGAGCAAAAGAGGCAGACUAUCCAGAAGUCAAGUGUAAUUUAG